AGCUAGCUAGUGGAGCAGAACACAAUUAUUGCAAAUAUCCUUCUCCAAUCAAAUUAGCAACAAAGAAAAAUAAAGUUACAUUCUUAAUGGGGAGCACAAAAAGUGAGUCAUACUUUGUCUUUAUGAAUUAUGAUAAAGAAUACGAGCGACUUAGAACUAGUAAUCGAACUACGAAAGGAGCAUAUGAGCUUGAUUUGUACCUUAGUAGAAAGCAUGAUGAGGUCUUAGCAAGCACUCUUGAGCAAGGAAGCUACAAGAAGAUAUCUUCUUUGGUUAUUGUUGAUGGAUUUACAGUGGAAAUCACCGAGGAUCAAGCCAAUGUGCUCAGAUCUGCAAAAGGAGUGAGAAUUGUGGAGAAAAACGAAUAAAUAUUAAGGAGAUCAAUGUGUUUUGAGGAGAAAAAUCAAAUGGUUUUGUUUGAUUAACUUCUCAAUUUGUUGCAUUGAUGUUACUAAUACUCUAGUUUGUGUUGAUUAUCAUGUGUAAUUUGUUUUGUUUUAAAUUAUGUUACUCUGUUUUUGGUAGAAUGAGGCAGAGGAGUUUGGGUUUAUAGUAAAAAUGAAUGCAUUAUUAUUACCCCUUGGCAGAGCAACUUUAACAAAUGCAGCAGCACAAUUUGCGUGUAUAUACUAUCUAUAGCAUGUCCCUGUCCCACGGUUGUGCAGGGGGUACUAGGCCCUCCCUUACUUUAACACCAGUGUUUCAAGAGUAAUCAUAUUUGGACAUUAUCUUUUCUUA